AUGCCCAUGUGCGGUGGAACAAAGUCGGUGCAGCGCAAGCUGGUCCUUCUCGGCGACGGCGCAUGCGGAAAGACAUCGUUGCUGAACGUCUUCACAAGAGGAUACUUCCCAACGGUCUACGAGCCUACAGUGUUUGAAAACUAUGUACACGACAUCUACAUUGACAACACCCAUGUCGAGCUCAGCUUGUGGGACACUGCCGGGCAAGAGGAAUUCGACAGGCUACGAUCUCUCAGCUACGACGACACGCACGCCAUCAUGCUGUGCUUCUCUGUCGACUCACCAGACUCGCUCGAGAACGUAGAAACCAAGUGGGUUGGCGAGAUCGCCGAAAACUGCCCCAACGUCAAGCUCGUCCUGGUCGCGUUGAAGUGCGAUCUUCGAAAGCGGGAAGACGACGAUGCCGAGGGUGCAGAGCCAGAGAAGCCAUGCAUCGACUACGAAGAGGGUCUCCGAGUGGCAGAGAAGAUAAAGGCCCUGCGAUACCUUGAGUGCUCCGCCAUGAAGAACCGAGGCGUCAACGAAGCCUUCACAGAGGCUGCCCGUGUUGCUCUGCAGGUGAAGAACAGCAAGGACAAGAGCGGCGGCUGUACGGUCAUGUGA